AUGAAUCCAAAUAUGGCGGUGGAUUCGUCUGCACACUCCAAAGAGGUGGCGGAGAAAAAGAACGUGGAGGUGGUGGCGGAGACAGCAGCCCUGGAGGUGGCGGUGGUGACAGCAGUCGUAGAGGUCACGGGAGUGAUAGGGAACAUAGAGGCGGUCAGGCUCGUCGAGGUGGACGAGGUGGUCGUGGCGGUGGGGUGUACAGAUGUUGGUGAUCAAUCCGAUGUUCCGCAACCGCGCCAAGUUGAUGUUGAUCCAAUUGCCAACCUCGUCUCAGGGAAGAUUCAGGAAGAACUUGCCUCAGUUGAGUCUCGCAUAGCUAGGGCCGUCGACCUUAAAUUACAGUCCCAAAUGAAGGCUAUGGAGACAAGACUAACCAAAUGUGUUGUAGACAACAUCCACGCGAUGAAAAGGGGAGUUAUAAAGGCUAUUAUAGAUUACCUGAAGAAGACAACAUCUUCAACGCCGAGCAUUUCAGAUGUGCCACAACAACAUCACACAAACACAGCAAGCCCUUCUUUGAGUGGGCAUGGUGAGGCGCCUGAAAAAGUAGUCCCUGAACAGAUGGCGGUGGACGAUCCUCAACCUCUUGUAAACCAGUCCAUCAGGCGUAUUUUAGAUGACCUACAAGCAUCAUCACACAAUCAAGAGGUGAAUGUAGAAGGGAAUGUCUCUCAGCAAGAUAACACCACAAAAGCCCCUACAGAGCACGAGAGAACAGAGAUUCUGAACACGGAGGAUGCUGGUAAUAAAUCUCCCUCCAACCAAGAAGCCGAAUCAACAUCGGGCAAGACAAUCCCUGCUGUCACAACAAGUCCAUCCAUGGUUGAUCCUUCUGAAAAUGUCAAUAAUCAGACACUCAGCGACCCCACUUCUACGGAUCUCACUGACGAAGAAGCCAUCUCCGACAAGGAUUUGGAGCAAUGGGCAAUGACGCUGGCGACUGCUAUGGGAAGAAGUACCUCAGCACAAAUACAGACACCCUCGCUAACCGAUGAUGGGGUCCUCACUUGUCUUUACGUUGAUGCACACUGCCAGAAGGGAUUGGAAGCUUGCAAAUUCCUAACCCAGCAGGUGCUCCCUGAUGCGGCGAAGCAGCUAUGUCUGAAGUUUUACCGUUACAUUACCCAAAACAAUCCUCUUAAUCAUCGCCAGCAACAAUCAUAA